ACUGCGUAGAUGAACGAAUUCUUGGAGUCUGGUACCUGUUAAACAACGUGAUCUAAAUAUUUCCUGUGCGGAUGAGAAAAUCGAAAAUGCUUUUUGUGAUUUUUAGUUUCUAAGCAGAUAGGAUAAUGAUUAUUUUAUCCUGAUAUUUCUAAUCGCCUAAGCUUCCCAAAUAAGUAUUGCAUUGCUUGCACGUGUAGAGAAGUGUAAGCCAGGCACAAGCAAGCCUGCUACUAAACGCGGAAGUGGAAUGCGCAGUAAUGUUUUUGUUCUGUACGUGACGCCCGUGAUGUCUGAAGCGCUACAGACAGCUGGGACGUGACGUUUGAAGGCAGUGAGAGCGAAAACAACAUAAAUAAUAAAGCAAUAUAACGAUUAUGUAAAUCAUCCGAGAUAUUAUUUAACCGACAACUGAGGAGUACGUUUGCCAAUCGUCGAAACAAAUUUUUGUCGGACGCUGCAGUUUGUCAUGGCUAACUCCACUCCCGAACAGAAACAGGAUUUAAAAGAAGCAAGUUGUUGCUGUCCACGACAAUUCAAUCCAUGUCUUCUCUGGUCGUCGUUCUGCAGCUGGUAUUUGCGUCUUGUGGAGCGCUUCUUCGCUUGGUAUGGUAGAGGAAUCGCCAAGCAUCCACUGGUAACAAUCCAACUGUGUCUUGCGUUCGUCGGUGUCUGCUGCGUUGGAUUUGCUUGGUUCGAAACAGAAAACAGAACUGAAAAAUUAUUCAUCCCUCAAAGUAGCAAGGCCAUAGAUGAUUUAAACACCGCAGAAAAAUUCUUCCGAGUCAAGAUUCGAGAAGAAUACAUCGUUUUAGUAGCAUCUCCUGGUCAUCCCAAUGUUCUUGCUCCUGAGUGUCUCAAGCAGGCCUUCGAAGUUCACAACACCGUUAUGGAACUAGAAUCUUAUUCCGACUUCUGUGUCACGCUGACUGGGAAUAAAUCCAAGUCACUAGACGAAUGUGUGAUGAUAAACGCGCUGGAAUUUGUACAGUUCAAUGAGAGUAAGUUAGACGGUAAAGACCUCCAGCAGGUUCAACACGAGCUAGUCAAAGCGUACAACAUCAUUGCCCUCAUGCGUAAUGGACGUCCCUUCUGGUACAAUUUCAACCGCAUGUUUGGUGAUGUCAAUCGAAGACAUGGAAGCAUAACUGAUGCGAAAGCAUUGCAAAUAGUGUAUGCCAUCCGCGACCCCAGUGACGACGACGAGAACAAAAAAGUUCUCGACUUGGAGAAGAAUUUCAAUGACAAACUGGCCUUGUUGGUAGACAAACUUUCCUGUUUCGAAGUUCACUACUCAAGUGAACGAAGUCUUGAUGAUGCUAUCGCUGAGAGCAGCGGGUCUGAUAUUGCAUUGGUGUCAGUCACUUUCAACCUCAUGAUCGUCUUUGCUAGCGUCAUGCUCGGUAAAUUCUUGAAUCCGCUGACCGGUCACUCAUUGCUCGCUAAUGCAGGAGUGUUUGCAGUGGCCCUGGGGAUUGCAUCUGGGUUUGGUCUUGCCAUGUGGUUUGGCGUGCCCUUUGUUAGUUUUGUGGGAGUAUUGCCGUUCUUGGUUCUGGGAAUCGGCAUCGACGACAUGUUUAUCAUGGUGGAUGAGCUUGAUCGACAGCCACGGGAACUGUCAAAGACUGACACGAUUAAAGAAGUUAUGAAGCGUUCGGGAGCAACUGUUACCAUGACAACCGUGACGGAUUUGGUGGCGUUCGCAGUUAGCACCUCUACCUCAUUUCCGGCUAUAAAGUAUUUCUGUAUCUACGCUGCUCUGACAGUCACUUUCUCCUUCUUCAUGAUUGUGACGUUCUUCGUUGCCAUUAUGUCGUACGACGUGACAAGAAUCAAAUCGGGCCGCAGAGAUUGCUUACCAUUUUGCUUCGCACCUUCGCCAAAGAAGGGCGCGCCAGCCUGGGACGAGCCUCGUCCACAGACGUCAAAUAAAGUUAUGCUGAGCUGGGGCAAGUUCCUGACACAUCCGUUCACAAAAGUUGUAGUCAUCUGCCUCUCAGUGUUGCUGGUCGGUGCUGGAAUAUACGGGGUCACCCGAGUGGAUGAAGCGUUUGACAGAAGAAUCUUGGCGAAAGAUGAUUCCUACUUGAAACGAUUUCUGUCAGCUCAAGAGAAAUAUUUUGAGCUUUCCAUUGGAGUAAACAUCGUAGAGAGUGGUGAGGUUGAUUAUGAGCUGGGUUCCACCCAGCAACAGAUCAGAGAGCUGACAAACAUCAUCAAGGCUAAUGAACAUUACAAGAACCAGACAGUCUCCUGGAUGGAAGUAUUUUCCCAGUAUGCCAAAACGUCUAGGAAGAACAUAACCGGCCCUAGAUUCUUGCCUGAAUUGAAAGCAUUCCUUAACAUUCCCGGAUUUGCUUAUUUCAACCAAGACUUGAAGUUUUCCGAAGACGGCACAAAGCUGGAAGCUUCUCGCGUCCUCGGUUUCAUGAAGGAUGACGACAGCUCCACCUUCCUGAAAAACGCCAUGCUCACUAUCCGAGAUGACAUCGCAAAAAAGUCCAAACUCGAUGCCUUUCCAAUCACUCGACCGUUUAUGUUCUUUGAACAGUACGCUAUAACAUCAAGGGAGACCAUAAGGAACCUGAUAAUUGCAGCCAUAGCGGUGAUGGUCGUCACAAGCCCCUUCUUGGUGGACUGUACCGUAAUGUUCAUCGUGGUCCUCAACUUUGCGGCUCUGAUAUGUGAGUUAUUUGGACUGAUGGUUAUCUGGAAUGUGUCCCUUAACUCCGUGUCCAUGAUCAACCUCGUAAUGGCUAUUGGGUUCGCAGUCGAUUACAGUGCACACAUUGCGCAUGCUUACGUAACUUCAAACAAGGUCACAGCUGAUGAGCGAGUAGUGGAUGCAUUGAGCACAUUGGGCGCGAGUGUUUUCAUGGGAGGAUUCAGUACGUUCCUCGGCAUGAUCGUACUUGCGUUCGCCUCUUCGGAGAUCUUCCGAAUAUUCUUCCGAAUGUUCUUCGGCAUUGUGGUGUUUGGUCUUCUUCACGGCCUGUGCAUCAUGCCGGUUUACUUGUCUUUACUGUGCUGGAGACCCGCGGUAACUAGACCUCACUCGUCAAGUCUUGAGAGUGCACAGAAAAUGCGUAUUAGAUACGGCAGUGAUGAAGCCCUCAAACCAAAUGGUACUUCACUUUGUAGUCAUUGUCCGGGACUGGAUAAAGAGACAGACGUUUAAACCGCCAUUUUCGGACCGUUUGCUCGUUCAGUUUACCCGGUCAGUUAAUAACGUUAGUUGAGGUCUAGAAGAACUAUAAGUGAUACCUAAUGCCCUCAGCUGUUAAAAACAUCCUGUACCUCAAGAGUGCAUUGAUCUUAUUUUAUAGGACAGGACUAGUGAAAAUGAACAAUCUUCUGGUAACCUAAGUGUUAAACAAGGCAUACUAAAGAAUAUGUCUGGCUAGACAAAAAUUGAAGCUUAAUUCAUUUCGACUGCUCUUGCGAGAACAUAUCCUAAAUGUGAUUACAUUUGAAGGCCAUCGGACCGAGUCGGAGAAAUGUUAUAAGGCCUGUUUAAAUAGCGGGAUUUCGCGCACGGCGACAAAAAUCACUCGCUCGCACGCGAAUCCCGCGAGCAACACAGGCUAACUGACCUUAACUGCUAUACUGAUAAUUCGUUUAGCUAAACCUUAUGUAUCGACCUUAAGUAUUGACUUAUCGAGUCAUUGUGUUUUUGUUGUUGUUGCUCCUCGUUACUUUCUGUACAGCAGAUCAAGCUAGAAAAAAAAAGCAAAACAACAACAACAACAACAACAACAACAACAACAAAAACAAAAACACACACACAAAAGAAACAAGAUUACGAACAGCAACUUAGAAAUAAAGUCUAAUAUGGCUUA